GUUCAAAUACAAUAUAUCGUGAAAGGAGUGAGUGACAAAAAAAAAGCUUUCAAAUUUAAGUGCUAUAGGAGAAAUUAAGGCAGAAUGUUUCUGAAACAAACAAAAAUUCUCGACUCUAGUCAUCCAGACUUGAUGAAACUUCGUCGUGGUAUUGUUGAGAAAUCUUUAUGGAUAACUUUAAUAUUUUGCAUUUCAAUCAUUGGAUGUCUAAUCGGCGCUGUGUUCUAUUACAAGAUACAAGCUGAAAAGUUACCGCCAAAUGACACAUUCAGCAAAAUCGGUGCUAGAUAUUUAGCCUCAGUAUUUCAGUCUAAAAUGAACAGCACCGUAAAUCCAUGCGAUGAUUUUUAUCGAUUUGCAUGCGGACGAUUUGAAAAGACAACAAUCAUACCUGACGAUGCGGGAAGUGUCAAUACAAUAAAUCUAAUUGAGGGAAGAGUCAUUGGGCAAUUACAUACACUACUCAAUAAUGAGAUUCGCGAUAAAGACCUACGGCCGUUUAAGCUUGUUAAGCAAUUUUACAGACAGUGCAUGAAUACUUCUCAAAUUGAACAAACUGGAUUAGAGUUUGUAAAGAAAAAAAUGAAUUUGACUCAAAUGUGGCCAGUUCUUUCAGACGAAUGGACUGAGGAUUUAUGGAAUAAUACUGAGUUUCAUCGAUAUAAUGUCAACUUUUUCAUUGAUACUGAUCAGAAGAAUACAUCAAGAAGGACGCUUUAUAUUGGAGAAGGAAGCAUUGGACUUAGCAGAGACAUGCUUUUAAACGGCUUUCAAGACAAAAUAGUUCAAAAAUACCAUCAAUUUAUGGUCAGUGUAAGUGUCCAUUUUGGAGCUAAUAAAACACAAGCUGAAAAAGACUUUACAGACGUUAUUCUCUUUGAAAUGCGCUUAGCUAACAUCUCAAUGCGUAAGGAAGAUAUCAGAGAUUCUAAUAAGCUUUACAAUCCAAUGACUAUUAAGGAUUUGAAAGAGAGAUAUCCUUACAUUGACUGGAUUAAUUAUAUAAAUUCAAAGCUUGGAGAAGGCUUAACUUUUGAUGAAACUGACCGAGUAAUUCUACAAGCACCAAAUUAUUAUGAGCAAUUAGAGGCUGUGCUGAACAGAACCGAGAAGAGGAUAAUUGCAAAUCACAUUAUGUGGCGUGAACUAGCUGAAUACAUUUCAUUCCUAACGAAUGACUUGCGUGAAAUGGAAUUUGAGUUUUACAAAACAUUUACUGGUCGAUCAAUUAAGCAAGCUAGAUGGAGUGAUUGCAUAAAAACGGUGUCAGGCAUGCUGAACAUUGCAGUUAGUUCAAUGUACGUUCGCGAGCAUUUUCAAGACAAAAGAAUCAAGCAUGACAUUGGAGAAAUUGUUGAGGAAAUUUCAAUUGAAUUUGAGAAGCUUUUACAUCAAAAUACUUGGAUGGAUGAGCAGACUAAGGAAGAAGCUUUGAAAAAGCUUCAUGCUAUGAACUCGAAUAUUGCAUAUCCAGAUGAGCUUUUUGAUGACAAAUUAAUUGACAACUUUUAUCAUGACUUGAAACUUAAUGAAACAAACUUUUUGCAGUCUGCGAUUCAGAUUGACAAGCACAAUAAGAAUUAUUUAUUUAAGAGAUUCCAUCAAGCAGCUAAGAGAAAUGAUUGGAUUGAUCAAGCAUCAACAAUUUAUGUCAACGCAAAUUAUCAUGGAAAAUCUAACAGCAUUCAAAUAAUUGCAGCUAUACUUCAGGGUCACUUUUAUGCACCAGAUCGUCCAUAUUAUAUGAAUUAUGCAUCAAUUGGAUAUGUUAUUGGACAUGAAAUAACUCAUGCAUUUGACGAUAAUGGUAGACUAUAUGACUCGGAAGGGAAUUUGAUGAAUUGGUGGGAUCCAGAGACAACAGAGGCUUUUAAAGAUAAGAAGCAAUGCUUUAUUGACCAAUUUGGAAAUUAUACAGACAAAGCAACUAAUAUGAGCAUUAACGGAAUAACUAGUCAGGGAGAAAAUAUUGCAGAUUCAGCUGGUUUGAAGCUUGCAUAUAGAGCAUACAUUUCAGCUAUGAAUAAAUUAAAGACUAGAGAUCCAAUUCUACCAGGAUUACCAUACAGUCCUGAACAACUUUUUUGGCUAUCAGCUGCUCAAACUUGGUGCAGUGUAGAACGUCCUGAAGUUAAGAAAAUUCAAAUUCUCACUGAUAAUCAUGCUCCGUCAGAAUUUAGAGUUAUAGGAACACUUAGCAAUUCUGAAGAAUUUGCAAGAGAUUUUAAUUGUGACUUAGGCACGCCGAUGAAUCCUGUCAAAAAAUGUGAAGUUUGGUAGGAUGACAAUUAAAAGAUAAGUUUAAAUCCCAAAGAUUAUUUAGGUAUUAGAUCUAAGAAAGUGGUUCGUUGACUAAUGAUGAUUUAUGAUUCGUGUCCAUUUUCCAAAAAAAAAAAGUUAAAGAGUGACUGUUGAUGACUUUCCAUUGAUUUGUGACUGAAUUUGACAUCAACUUAUUCAAAUUUUGAGUAAACCCUUCAAUUUUUUGAGUUUACUUCA